GAUGUGUGGCUACGACGCAGAGGAUUGUGGGAAAUUGAGUUUUUUUAACCUUUCGACUGAAGUGUUAAGAACGACUGCCACCUAUCCUAUGUUAAAAAAACAAUAUGAUGAAUAUAAAAGCACUAUUUUUGCGUAAUAAAAUAAAUUAUACAUAAUGUCUACCAUCAAUAAUUUUUGAAUAUCAGUAUUUUGUUGUAUCGUCACGAGGACUUUGUUUGUUUUUGAACUGGUUCCGUUUGAAAUUCUUAUUUAUUUGUUGGAUCUCAGCAGCGUGUCUGUCCGCGUCUGAAAAGAUGGCAAACUUUCAGUCACUGAAUACGUCUGAAGAAGGUGUAGCUCCAUCAUCUUUACUGGAGCAGUCACUUGAAGACCUGGCGUCAGGGGUGUCUUUUCCAUCUCUCUCACAUCUCAGAUCUCCUGACAGUACUGAGGAUGAAGAGGCCGUCCCGUGGAUGCACCUGACCUCAGAUCAUCUGGCUGUAUCUCUAGCGAACACUCUGGAGGUUUUCACUGACGUUCCUCUCCAUCAAUCUGAAGCUCUAUCAGAAACAUGUGAAGAGACGCUCAGUGAUUUCAUUGCUGCGUGUUUCCCUGAGUUCUUUCAGCCUUCUGAUCAGACACAUGACAUCAUACCUGUCAACACGUCCCACUUUUACUCAGGACAUCAGGAGGCGAAGCACGGACACUCCAUCCCAACGGCUCCAUCCAUCAGAGAUCCCCAUUCAUGGCUUCCAAAUCCCCCGGCUCACCCGACCCCACAGCGCCCCGCUGUGAUGCUCGAUGUGACCCGCGCCAACACCCCUCACUUCAUUUGUGUACCUCAACCAAACCCCACAUCAUCUCAACUACACAUCGACUACACUCCUUUAGGAGCCAAUCACAGCUGUCCAAUGCAUGGAGCCAUCCCUCUGUACCCCUUCUCUCCCUCACGUGUGUUUCCAUCUCAUCUGUCUGUUGUGACCUCAAAUCCAGCUGCUCAGCAACCAUGGGAAUCCCUCGACAGAGAUAAGUCAUGGCGCACACACGUGAUGACAUCAGCAGGAUCACUUCAUGAGAACUUCAGCGUGUGGCAGAGGUUCUGUGAAACAGCCAAAGAGUUUUACUCCAACAGUCCUCAUGUCCAAGCUCUCACUUGUUUCUUCAUUCAUGAGAUCGACUCCCUCACGGUUCUUCAUUCAGGCUAUCGGUUUGAUGCUGCGGUGAAAAUGGCCAUACACAAGUGGGAUAAAAAAUCACUGUCUGAACGAGAAAAAUAUUACACGUCCGCUAAGAUGUUUAUCAAGUUAGAAGAAGAGGAGAGGAGGUUCAUUCAGCACCGCUUCCAGACAAACAAACCCAGAGGUCAGCAUUCAGGGCUGCGGGAGAAUCCAGAGGUCAAGGACAGGUCAGAGGUUGGACGAGAGAUGGAGACGAUGAACACGAGCUCUCUGUUCUCCAAACGCCCAAACACAGCGCGCGAGUGAGAGAACGCUGACGGAGAGAAGAUCUUGAAAAGAGUGAAACGACACGUCGAGGGAACGUGAUGGAUCCAGAUGUUCUCACAGAUGUACGGAGAGCGAAGAGCUUUAUUAACCGCGCAAAAGCAUAUCAGACGACACGUGACGUCACAUAAAAACAUCGUUCAUAGGAGUUCAUAGUCAAUACUUAUAUUUGAAGCACGUGUAUCUUUUUAAUGUUACAUUAGGAAUAAAGCUUUUAUAAAAGUGUGCAUUAAUUAUUAAUAAGUCUUUUACAAAUGCAUUAUGAAAGCAGUAAUAACUGGUGUACGCAGAAAACCAAUGGAGCGUAAACGAGACACCUAGCGGCCGUUGGUGGUAUAGAGGUUCAAAAAUCAAAGAAGCAUUGUUUGUAUUAUUUCAGGUUGGAAUUUAAAAUAACUUUUUUGUAAAAGUGGCUUGAUAAUCUGACAACUUAAAAAAAAACAUUUUUGGGAAAUAAAACAAGUUUUUCAAUAGACUUAAACUAUUAUAACUAUUUUACGUCAUUGGUCCAGUGACAGU